AUGUCUUCGAAUUCAGUCCAGAGUCGAUUCAAAAGGGUAUUCGGCACCACUCGACGCUCCAGCAGCAACUCGUCGGUCCAGUCCGCGAGCAACUCCACCACCAACCUCGCCCCUUCCGCGGCUACCUCGCCCUCGCCGCGCCCAGUGAACCGCACCGCCCCUCCCUCAUCCUCUGCCGGCAGCAUCGCCUCGACCGCUCAACCAUCGCAGCAGAACAACAACGUCGCCCAGCAAGCAUCGGCCUCGAGCACCUCGCUGGCCAUGAACCCCAACGGCCAGGGAAACAUGCCGCAGGGCAGGCCUCCCUCAUACCAGUACGCCAACCAGGGUGGAAACCAAUUGGCCGCUGGUGGGCAUCCUAACGCGGGCAGACCCACGAGUCCCAUGCCACCGCCACCUAUCAACACUGGCGGGGGCUACCCGCCUCACCAUAACAGUAACAACAACAUGUAUCCGGCCCCUAACCCGCCAGGCUACCCGAUGAACAACAACGCAGGAGGAGGAGGAGGAGGAGCAUAUCCGUACGGUGGCCCGCCGGGUGGUCCUCAAGGCCCACACUCCUACAAUCGUCUCGCCGAGGUCGAGGGCAGCCAGCGCAGCAAAGCGCAGCUCAUCGUCGGCAUUGACUUCGGAACCACCUUCUCUGGCGUCGCUUUUGCCUUUGCUACAAAUACCGAGGCUAAAGAGGAUAUCAUCGUCGAAUGGCCAGGUGCUGGUACUCAAACGAAACAAAAGAUCCCGACUGUACUCUACUACGACCAGCACCAACAAGUCGUCGGAUGGGGACCAGACAUUGCCGAGGCGCUUGCGCCAACAGGUUACCCGAAGCCUGGUGUUCAAAAGGUGGAAUGGUUCAAGCUUCAGCUCAUGCUGAGCGGCAACACUUACAUAGAUCCCAUCAACCUGCCACCGCUUCCUCCGGGCAAGUCUGAGAUCGAUGUCGCUGCCGACUACCUCUUCAAGCUCCGCCAAGCCAUGCGAAACCAACUGCAGAAGACACUGGGUGAGGUGUUCAACCGAGAAGAGCGGAACAUCAGAUACUUCUUGACCGUGCCUGCCAUUUGGAACGAUGCCGGCAAGGCCGCGACAAGAGCUGCUGCCAUUCAGGCCGGCUUCCUGCGAGACGAGAAUGAUAACCGCCUGACCCUGAUCACCGAACCCGAAGCUGCUGCCAUGUUCUGUUCAAAGACUGGACUGUUAAACCUCAAGGUUCACGACGCAGUUCUGAUUGUCGAUUGUGGUGGUGGUACCGUCGAUUUGAUCGCAUACGAAGUCGAGGAAGAGUCGCCGUUUACUGUUGCAGAGUGUACCGCUGGCUCUGGUGACUCCUGCGGUUCGACAGCGCUCAACCGUAAUUUCUCCAACAUCCUACGAGCGAAGAUUAGAAAGAUGAAGCUACCAGACGGUUCGAAGACGGCAGGAAAGGUAUACGCAAAGUGCAUCAUGGACUUCGAGAACAGAAUAAAGGCCGACUUCCGAAACAAUGGUCAGAAGUGGGCUGUGGACGUCGGCAUAGAAGCCGAGUUUCCAGAAGCCGGCAUUGAGGAGGGUUACAUGACGUUCACGAACGAGGAGAUUCUACAAUGCUUCGAGCCUGUGGUCAACCGGAUCUUGGAGCUGGUGAGGAAUCAGAUCAUUGCCAUCCAGGCACAGAACAGAUCAUUACAGAAUGUGCUUGUUGUUGGUGGUUUCGGUGCAUCUGAAUACCUGUUCCAGCAGAUCAAGCUGCAUGUGCCGCCUCAGUUCCAGAACAAGGUGGUCCGACCCAUGGAUUCCGUGGCCGCUAUCGUCAAGGGUGCUGUUACUGCCGGUAUCACAGAGCGUGUCAUCACAUCCCGUGUUGCCAGAAGACAUUAUCUCAUGGCCACUCUGCAACCGUUCAAGGAAGGCCACCAUCCCGAGCAGUACCGUGUCCCAUCUCUUGACGGCAAGGACCGCUGCAAAUACACCAGACAGAUUUUCGUGCAAAAGGGCCAGAGAGUCAAGAUCGGCGAGCCUGUCAAGGUUUCCUUCUUCCGACAGGUGGCUCCCGGCGCGACACUUAUGUACGAGGAUGUGCUGUAUGCUUGUGACGAGGAUGUGUGCCCCGAAUAUACCAAGGACCCACGUAUCAAGGAGAUCGUCACAUUGACAUCGGAUCUGAGCCGAAAGAAUCUCGAAAAGGACUUUGAGCGCAUGGACACGCCACAAGGUACCUUCUACCGUGUGUACUUCGACAUCUACCUCACUCUCGACGGAUCAGAGUUCAACGCCGAGCUGGUCUGUCAGGGCGAGGUCAUGGGUCGCUGCUCUGCGAGAUUCCGAUAG